AUGCAUGCAUCAACAGCAAUAUAUGUAGUACUAGCGCUAUUUACAAAAGGCUUUCAACUUGUAUCUGGUGACAGAGUUCCUUUGGUACCCCCAACUACAUAUGUUCGUACCAAUACUUUAAAUGAGCGUGUCGUAGUCUCAUUACCAGGUGGUAUAUCAACAUGCUAUAUAGUAAAUCUGGAUAUACAAGGCAUUACAUUUAGUGUCAUGAUUGAUUCGGGUUCUACUGAUCUUACUAUACCACUUGCUGGUCUAAACAACUAUUCUGGCCCAACAAUUAAUACUCCGCGUCCGCCUGGUGGUAGUAAUUUGACUGGUGCCUAUGGCGACCAAUCUGGAUGGAUUGGAUACGGAUUUCAAGGAACUGCGCGUGUCACUGGAACCAAUAUUACGACUUCCAAUGCUCCAGUCAUUGGCAUGUUUCAACAAACGACGAACCCAAUCUACACUACUGGCGAUGUGACACAGGGACUACUCGGAAUCGCAUAUCCAUCAUUGGCUAGCUAUCGUGUAACUCCAUCUACAGUCAUAGAUGCAUGGGUUGCUUCAGGAACUAUGCCAAAAAAUGAGAUUGCGUUUCACGCAUGUCCAUACAGUAUGAUCAAUCAAAGUUACGUUGACUUUGGAAACACUGAUCCGUCAUACAAGUGUAGUUCGAACGGAGUGCCAGUCGUGUGGGCAUACUCACCAGCACGUACUUAUUUCACACUUGAUAUUCGUGCAAUAUCGGUCAACUCUGUACCAGUAACUCUUCCUUCGACAUUUCAAAAUGUAAUGGGAUACAAUAAAUGGUCCUUUAUCGACUCGUGUACAAGUGUGAUUGUGCUUCCAGGAGCCGUGAUCACUACACUGGUGAAUGCCAUUCGAUCAAGCGGUGGUCUUCCUUCUGAUCUUGCUUCAUCGUCAUAUCUUUCCGAUUUUCUUGCUGGAAAUAUUGGUGUUAAACCAGCCCAGCCUUUCCAAUGGAGCAAACUUCCCAGUGUUUCGUUUGACAUCACAUCUGAUCAAACUAUAUCCGGCAGUCAAAAUGCCACGUUUAAAAUUACUCUUGGAGCUCGACAGUAUAUCCAACCAAAUGCCAACGGAUACUAUCAAAUGAUAAUCCAAGUAGGCAGUGAUGCAUAUGCCAAUCUUGGCAUUCCCUUUUUUUCCAACCUGAAUGUCGUGCUUGAUCGGGCAAAUGCUCGUGUUGGGUUUUCUCAAGGAUGUGGAUGUGAUACUGCUACUGAUGGAUACCCAAUAAUCCAAGAUGCAAACGGAAUGACCUGGACUGCGGGGAUAUCGAUCCCAUAUACCACGCCUACAGGGACAUCCACAGCAAUAAAAACAACUACAGAUAUACCAGCAACAGGCACGCCGUCUUCAACAACUUUAGCAAAUGCAUCGACUUUACAGACUAUCCGUAGUGAUUUUUGGCUGACAAUGUUUAUAGUCGUAUUGACUUCUUUCAUUGUACUGGCUUAG